CCCUCAGCUCUGGAAUAAAUGGUACCGACGUCACUGUUUGCGGCCAGUGUAAACGGGCCCAUUACAUUACAGUCUCCGGCAGCAGAGCAGCCCGCCUCCUCUGGAUUGUGGACCAAUGACUCGGACGCCUCUACAUCUCGUCUGCCUCUCAACCCGCGUUCAGCCCCUCGCAUGACGUAACGCCCAAUCUGAAAGUGCAAUGGCGAUAUUGGACAAUAACAGCCAUCGCGCUUGGGGUCCACAUCUAUAUUAUGUGGCUAAGGUUCAAGAAAACACCUCCAGCCGGCUGCAAAACCACAUAUAAUAUCGGCACAGAGCGCGAGCGUCAACCUGCGACCAGGAAAGGUGAUCUCCCAGCCUCUGCACGCGAUGACAGCUUAGAAUAAAUCGCUGGUGUGACGUGUGAACAGACACCAUGGCCACACAGGAACCGUCCCCUCCUUCAUCCAUGGAGAGCAAUAAGCCCGGCUUCCCCAAGAAGAUCCUGGGCAACAAGCUGGAGGACAAACACCUGUGCAACUGCUGCCACAAUAUCCUCAGACGGCCUUUCCAAGCCCAGUGUGGACAUCGCUUCUGUUCCUACUGCUUUAACAGGACUGUGAGUAAUGGACCUCAGAAAUGCAAUGCUUGCAUCAAAGAGGAUAUUUUUGAGGACCCUACCUCGAUUUUAAAACAAGGAUGUGCUUUUCCAGACAAUGCGGUUCGAAGGGAAGUUGAAAAUCUGCCAGCUGUUUGUAUCAAUGAAAGCUGCACUUGGAAAGGAAGUAUAAAGGAGUACGAGAUGAACCACGAGGGGAAGUGCGAGUUCAUGAUCAUCCCCUGCCCCUCCUGCAAAGAACGAAUCCGCUUCAAUGAACAGGAGCGCCAUAAUGAGCGAGAGUGCCCUGAGAGGACGCUCAACUGCAAGUACUGCAAGGAGCCGUUCCACUUUAAGAAUAUCAAGGCUCAUGAUGAGAUCUGCCCCAAGUACCCGAUGAUCUGUGAAGGCUGUGCCAAGAAGAAAAUACCCAGAGAAAAGUAUGUGGACCAUAUCAAAUUCUGCAGCAAAUUCAGAACUCCAUGUCGAUUUCAUGUGGUGGGAUGCGAUAUGUCUGUGGAGAAGGAAAAGAUUCAUGACCAUGAGCGCGCAUAUGCCUAUGAGCACCUCAAUCUUCUGCUGCAUUACAUUAUGGGCAUGAAAGUUAGCAUGGAGGGCCUACAGCCCCAGGGACUGGAAGUAGCCGGACACAAACUGGUGGAACUCCAACAAUCCCUCAAGGAACUCGAGGCCAGAGUCUCCCAGCUCAGCACCACCUCCUCUGGGCCUCCCGUGCAGGGAGCCGCCGCCGCCGCCGCAUCCUCAUCAUCUUCCAGCUCUGGACCUCCUGGUCCACCUGCUUCAGUUCCUCUACCUCCACCUCCCACUCUGCCUCCCACUCUCUCUGUGUCCACAUCCUUCACGCCUCUGCCCAGCUCCGUGGGCGCAGCGCUGGAGCUCCAGCUUCACAGCGAGAAAACCAAGGUGGCCGAGCUCGGGCGCAGGUGCACGGAACUGGAAGUCAAAGCUGGCACGUUUGAAAAUGUGGUGUGCGUCCUGAACAGAGAGGUGGAGAGGUUCGCCACCACCAUGGAAGCCAGCAACCGUCAGCAUAAACUGGACCAGGAUAAGAUCGAGGCUCUGAGCAACAAGGUGCGACAGCUAGAGCGGACUGUGGGGCUGAAGGACCUGACGGUCGCAGAGAUGGAGGGACGGCUGAGAGAAAUGUCCGCCACCACCUUUGACGGCGUCUUUAUCUGGAGGAUUUCAGAUUUUGCCAAAAAGAGACAAGAUGCCAUCGCAGGCCGAGCCCCUGCCAUGUUCUCGCCCGCCUUCUAUACCAGCAAGUACGGCUAUAAGAUGUGCCUACGGAUCUAUCUUAAUGGAGAUGGGACAGGGCGUGGCAGCCACUUGUCCUUGUUCUUUGUGGUGAUGAGGGGGCUGAGUGAUGCCCUGCUUAAAUGGCCCUUCAACCAGAAGGUUACGCUGAUGCUGCUGGACCAGAGCAACAGAGAGCACAUCAUCGAUGCCUUUCGACCUGAUGUCACUUCCUCCUCCUUCCAGAGACCCGUGAGCGAGAUGAACAUCGCCAGCGGCUGUCCACUCUUCUGCCCGCUCUCUAAGCUCGAUGGCAAGAACACUUACAUUCGUGACGACACCAUCUUCAUCAAGGCGAUUGUGGACCUCACCGGCCUCUAGACGACCUCCAUUGGGUGUUACAGUUUGGCAACCAGGCAGCUCUUUGACCAUUAAAGGCUUCAUUUUGGCUCAGUCGCGGUCUCUUUCAGGGCGCCAUUUGGGCACCUUGCUGUCCCCCGCAGCUUUGGGGAGACAGACAUGCUUGCGACAGUCUGCUGCAUGUAGCUGCUCAGACCACACGAUGCAGGCAUUCUUAUACCUUGGUGGUCUCUGUGUGAGAACCCUCCCCUCCGUCAUUGCUGUACAUUUGGGUGCAAAACUUACUUUCUUGACAUCACAGCAUCACCAUCCACGGUGAUAAAGUGCCGUUUCAGUUCUGCAGGCGAGUUUUCAGUUAGAGGAAGCAGGCAGCAGUGCGAUGUAGUCAGAGCGGUGUUGAGCAGAAGAAGAGGGGAGUGAAAAGGUAGAACUGCGUCUUUGUUUUUCGUCCCCUGCUUUCGAAGGCUGGGGGAUGUUGCAGAACAUGCAGAGUGUGUUAGAGCAGGGCUGUAGAUGUGUUUUAUGUGAUCACUCUGGUGAAGCUGGCAGUAGAAUUAUAAUAGAGUUAGAGCGUGGCUUGAUGCAGAUUUUGCUUCCUCUUAAAGAUUGUGGAUAUUGUGAGCGUCUCAGUUCCAGUGUGGAGUAAAUUUGCAUAGACAAACGUGGAGUUAUGUUAUGAAUAAGAUUACAGGCAUUUCUUUUUAUUUCUUCAUUUCUUUUAAACAAAAUGCAUGCUG